GAAGAAGAGGUGCUGUUUAUUUCCUGGGGCUCAGUUUUUACAAGCAUUCUUGCUGGCAUGAUUAGCUGAGUGUAUGCUAUGGAGUCUGGUGAGGACUCCAGUGGAGUGCCAUCAGGGGACGAGAACUACUUUCAGGGCUACACCUUCACCGAUCGCUCCCAUUCCAGUCGUGUCGUAAAAAGCAUCAUGGACUUGUGUCUGGAGGAUGGUCUGUUUGCAGAUGUCAUCGUCACCGUGGACAGCAAGGAGUUCCAGCUUCAUCGUCUGGUGCUCUCGGCACAGAGCAGCUUUUUCAGAUCCAUGUUCACUUCUAAUCUUAAAGAAGCUUUUGAUCGCAAGAUCGAGCUGAAGGAUGUCAGCGCCCCUGUCUUCCAGUCACUGGUGGACUACAUCUAUCAUGGAACAAUCAAACUACGGGUUGAAGAUCUGCAGGACACCUAUGAGAUGGCUGAUAUGUAUCAGCUCACUGCCUUGUUUGAGGAGUGCUCUCGUUUCCUAUCAAGAACUGUGGAUAUCAAGAACUGCCUGCAGGUGAUGUGGUUGGCGGACAGACACAGUGACCAGGAGUUGUAUACGGCAGCCAAGCACUGUGCAAAGAUUCACCUUGUUCAGCUGCACCAGACAGAUGAGUUCUUAAACAUGCCAUUGUGUCUCCUCAUAGAUAUCAUUAAAGAUGGUGUUCCAAGCUCGCAAAAUCCAACCGCAGCAAUCGAAUCUUGGAUCAAUCACAACAAAGUUGAGCGAGAAGAGUAUUCUAAUAUGCUUUCAGACAGCCUAAAGGAGAUUGGUGAAAAAGUGCACAUAUACCUUAUUGGGAAGGAAGACACACGCACGCACUCAUUGGCAGUGUCUCUUCAUUGUGAUGAGGACGAUGCCAUCAGUGUAAGUGGUCAGAACAGCCUGUGUCACCAGAUCACAGCUGCCUGCAAACACGGCGGUGACCUGUAUGUCGUAGGGGGCUCCAUACCCCGUCGCAUGUGGAAAUGCAACAUGCACACCAUGGACUGGGAGCGCUGUGCCCCACUUCCGCGCGACCGUCUCCAUCACACGCUAGUGUCCGUGUCCUCGGAAGACGCCAUUUACUCUUUGGGAGGCAAAACCCUUCAGGACACUCUUUCAAAUGCUGUCAUCUGUUACACAGUGCAGGACAACAUAUGGAAAGAGACCACUCAGCUAGACACGGCUGUGUCCGGCGCAGCGGGAGUCAAUUUGGGAGGCACGAUUUACCUUUUGGGUGGGGAGGAAAACGAUAUGGACUUUUUCACCAAACCAUCCCGCCUUAUCCAAUGUUUUGACACAGCUACUCAAAGGUGCCAAACCAAGCCCUACAUGUUGCCUUUGGCAGGAUGCAUGCACGCCACCGCCCAUAAAGACCUCAUCUUUGUGGUGGCGGAGGGCGACUCUCUGGUAUGUUAUAACCCACUGCUGGACAGCUUUACCCGGCUACGCUUCCCUGAUGUUUGGAGCUGUGUGCCGUCUCUGUGGAAAGUGGCCAGCUGCAACGGCUGCAUUUACGUUUUUAGAGACAAAUGCAAAAAAGGAGACGCAAACACACUGAAGUUAAACCCUGCCACAUCAGUGGUCUCGGUGAUCAAGGGAAUCAAAAUACUUCUCACAAACUGGCAGUUUGUUUUGGCAUGAUUUCUUAAUGUACUCAUCAGAUGUUCUGUGUAAAUAAUGGGUCCAUGGCAAAUUUAUUUUUUGGUAAUUCUGUUAAUAAUCGUAAUGUGUUGUGUGGUAUACAUGAAACCAGGCUUGUAAUUAUCUCUUGUGAUACACAGUAUGAUGUUAAUGAAGGACAAAUGUGAUUUAUAGAUCCUGUGAUGUUUGACAGUACCAAUCUUAUAUUGACCACUGUAUUAUUAUCAAUCUUUAGUAAACCUUCAAAAGUUAGUUUAGUUCAUUUUAUUCAAAUUACAGUGUGAAUUUCUAAUAGAAAUGAUAUCUGUUAACAAGGUAUAACAAAUACAUUUCUGGAAUUUACAACCUCAAUAGCUCAUUUGUGCACAAGUAACAACAUUUAUUAAAUGUGUUUGUGUACAGCUAUAAGUUGGGCAGAGUAACUACACUGUUAACAGUGAUUGGUUUACAUAUGCUGGAUAUUUGGUGUCCAUCAAAUGUCUGCCAAGGUACGCACAAAUUAAGGAAAAGUUUUCAAAGUAUCAAAAUGCAAACAUCUUAUCUAAGCAAAGAAAAUUCACAAAAUUAACUUUGCUAAUGUUGUCAAGAACCCUAUAAAUAAAGUUCAUAAUGAAAGUAAUAAGGUAAACCAUGUUAAGUGGUGCCAGUUGUCAGUUACAUCAUUCCUAAUAGCACUUCUUCCACCCUCCCCUCUCAUCUCUGGCUUAUGUCUGGACAUGAAAGCAUUUGAAUUGGGUUGGUUCCACUUAGAACUGACUGACAGAUGGCAAGAACUGUUUACUGUUCAUUAAGCUCAUGUAUUAUGUGAACGUGCCAUUUUGUGUGAGUCAGACAUAUGAUCUAUAUUAAUAGUGAUUUGAAUGUUGAUCUUGGGAUAUUCGGUGCAAAAUGUGACCGAAAAAGAUUCGAUGUAAAGGCUUUUGAAGUUACAGACUUUAUCAUAAAUGUAUGUUUUGUUCUGUACUGUUU